CCCGAACCCAACCAACCACGAACACGAUCUGUUAUCGCGGAUCGCAUUCCGGUCAACAGUCUCUCCGAAGAAAUCGGUGAAUCCGCUUCAUAAUCGAACCGAACUCGACGGAGGGGGUGUGUUUCUGGAGGAGAUGGUGGGACCAGGAAGGCCUCAGUUCGUCCUGUUCGGCUCUUCCAUAGUGCAGCUCAGCUACUGCAACGACGGCUGGGGUGCGAUCCUCUCCGACGUCUACGCUCGUAAAGCUGAUAUAGUGCUGCGAGGAUACUAUGGAUGGAACUCGCGCCGCGCCCUCCAGGUCCUCGAUCAAGUUUUUCCAAAGGAUGCAGCGGUACAGCCUUCCCUCAUAAUAGUUUAUUUUGGUGGUAAUGAUUCAAUGGGGCCUCACUCAUCUGGCCUUGGCCCCCAUGUACCUCUUCAUGAGUAUGUCGAAAACAUGAGAACGAUUGGAGAGCAUCUCAAGAGUCUUUCAGAUACAACUCGAAUUAUAUUUCUUAGCUGCCCUCCUGUCAACGAAGACAAAGUUCGUCAAAGCUCAAGUGGGUUUUUCAGUGAGCUAGUACGCACGAAUGAGUUGUGUCAAAUGUAUUCAGAAGCAUGUUUGAAGCUGUGCAAGGAGAUUGGAGUGCCAGCUGUUGACCUUUUCAAUGCAAUACAGAGAAGGCCUGAUUGGCUCAACACAUGCUUUACGGACGGUGUCCAUUUAGCUGCUGAGGGCAGCAAGGUGGUAGUGGAGGAGAUACUGAAGGUGCUUAAGGAAGCAGAAUGGAAGCCGUCUCUGCAUUGGAAGUCCAUGCCUACUGAAUUCGCAGAGGACUCGCCAUAUGAUCUCGUCGCUGCAGAUGGAAAAACAACAUUGAAUCCAUCGGAAUGGACAUUCCACAGGGCAAUCCAGUGGGAUUAGGUGGCUGAAAAGUCUCAUGCAUGCACCAUCCAUAUUUACCGGAAAGGUGCAAUGGCAACGAGAAGAAGGAAUUGAGAAUGGUAUGUCUAACAGAUGCUGUAGGGUACUGCACAGAUGAAGUAUGUUCCUGAUUUUUUUUUCCUGAUCAUCUUCUUUUCAAUUAUCGCCAUCAUGCCAUGAUUCGACGGCCUAAGAUCAAAUUGUUUUGAUCAAUUGACCUGAGGUUAGCGAUUGUAAUAUUGACAAAACGCUUGGCAAUUGAAAUGUAAUCGGAGGAUUCGUUCUACAUCAGGCUACUCUUAGGAGGA